GACAGAACAGAACUUCUACACAAAAUAUCUGAUCCAUUCUGAUUCCUGGUCAGCUUUUACACAGAGUAAGAAUCUUGCCUGCCCAUGUGGACGAUGGCUGCUCCGCAGGUGUCGACCCCAAGCAUGACGACUUCCUUUUUGGAGACAGAUGACUACAGCAUUUAUGCUAACAUGACUGAGGAGCAGCUCCUGCAGCUAGCGAUUGAGCAAAGUCUAGCUGAUGCUAAUGCUCAGCAAAUCUGCUCUCGCACAACAAGACUGACGGCUCAGUGUUCACAUCCCCCACGGCCUCAGAGCAUCCCUCCUCCUGCAAACCCGCCUGCUAAUCUACCCGCUAACCCGCCACUCAUCCAAUCCUCCAGUAAUAAACAAUUCUCAAGAAUCAACCGAGAUGCUCAAAACCAUUUGUUCAGCAAGGAAAAGAGGGAAGUGAUUGCUUGGACAAGACACAAUGGAUUUUUACGGGUUACUGUGGAAUCAGUCAAAGAUUUAGACCCUUUUCUCUCAGCGAUUUGGAAAGGUGAUGCUAAGGCUCUACGUGCGAUAGUACAAACCAAAUCCCGAAACCUUUUGGAAACUAAUCAGGAAGGUUGGCUCCCCCUUCACGAGUCAGCUUACUACGGUCAUGUGGACUGUCUGAAGAUUUUGCUAAGUGCCCAACCAGAGACAAUUAACAGACGCACGCUAAAGAACCAAACUCCGCUUCUACUAGCUGUAAGUCGCAGACAUUCAGCUUGUGUCCACUAUCUGUUGGAGAAGGGUGCUGAUCCCAACCUGGCAAACCACCAGUGGGAGACGCCAUUAUACAAAGCUUGUGAAAAGGGAACUGCAGAAGCUGUGGCUCUUUUAAUAAGAUAUGGAGCACUGACAACUAAGGCAUCAAUACAAGGAGCAACGCCACUGCAUGAAGCAGUGGCAACCAAAAAUGUGGAAAUGUGCAAAUUGCUACUGCAAGCAAAGGCAAAUCUGAUGGCUAAAAACAUUUAUGGCAUAGAUCCACCAUUCACAGCAGCUCAGUGUGGGGCUGCCGAAGUCCUAAAAUUCCUGAUAAUGAAAGGUGCAGAUGUUAACACUCAGGCCAAUGAUGGUGCUUCAGCCUUGUUUGAAGCCUCUAAAAAUGGCCACAGUGAAGUUGUAGAGAUUCUCUUGUCCUACCGUGCUGACGUUAACAAAUCUAACAAAGCUGGACUAUUUCCUAUUCAUCUUGCAGCUAAAAAUGGACAUUGCAGAGUUGUUUCCUUGCUAAUACCAAAAACUAACAAGACCAAAAUAAAUCGCUCUGGCAUCAGUCCUCUUCAUCUGGCUGCAGAACGCAAUAGAGAUGAGGUUCUUGAGAUACUGAUAGAUGCCGGGUUUGAUGUCAACUCCAUGCUGUCAGAAGAUUGGUCCAAAAUGUAUGAGGACCAUCGCAAAACUGCCCUCUACUCUGCUGUGUCCAAUAGCAAUGUUGAUGCAGCUGAAAUGCUCCUGAAAGCUGGGGCUGAUCCCAACCUGGACACCUUCAAUCCUCUGCUCGUUGCUGUGAGGAAGGGCUGCAUUGAAAUGGUCAAGCUUCUGGUCAACCAUGGUGCAAAUAUUAACUCCAUCCUCCCAACUCACCCCACCGAAUUCCCAGCUGCUUUGAUUUUUUCCAUGAAUAACUUGCCAAUGAUUAAGUACCUCAUGGAUUAUGGGUGCGAUGCUCAAUCAUGCUUUAAGUGCGACUAUGGCAGUGGAUCUCACCCGCCCAUAAACUCCAGCAUGCAAGAUGGAAGGGACAGGCUGUACUACCUCAGUGAUGAAAGUUCAGAAAGCUGUGUACAGUUCUGUGAGAUGAUCGCCAGGCCAAAAGUCACCAACUGGGCUGGACCUAUCAUAGACAUACUGCUGGACUAUGUGGGUCAUGUGAAACUCUGUUCCAGACUAGUUGAACACCUGGACAAUUACAGUGAAUGGGCUCAAAUCAAAGAGAAAGCAAUGCCUCCUCGGUCCUUGAUGCAUCUUUGCAGAAUAAAGAUUCGUCAGCAGCUGGGCGUCCAAAGACUAAAACAGAUGAACCGUCUCCCUCUGUCUCGGAGGCUUAUCAAGUUUUUAUGGCAUGAGAAAGAAUCAUUUACUGAUAUCCUUCAAAUGUGA